AAUGUUUUGGAGAUAAACGGGUGAUUACUACAGGUGAAAAAUUGAGUCCAGUUCCUUUUUGAUCUUCACACCUGACAGACAGAAAACAUAUUUUUAAUCGUUAAACUGAUAACGAUAAAAAAAUUGGCGAAUUUUUAAACCAUAAAAUACUAAUAACGGUUAAUAAUGAAGUUGAAGUGUUGUUCCCUAAAAUAUAUAUUUGCGUGGACUGUACUUGCGGCUUUGCUGCUUGCCGGUGUUUUGUUUUUUAUGCUGUGGGGAGUGUCAAAAAUAAUUAAUAGCCAAAUUAAAUCGCAAAGCCAACUAGAAAAUAACACAGAUCAAUGGAACCGAUUUAUAGAUAUACCGUUUCCAAUUUCAUUUGGUGUUCGAUUUUUUAAUGUCACCAAUCCGGAUGGGGUACGCAACAAAAAUGAAAAACCAAGACUGACAGAAACAGAGCUUUAUGUUUACAAUAUGCGUAUUAAUAAGUAUAAUAUACGUCAAGACAGUAGCGAAGAAGACAGCAUAACAUAUCAACGAAAUUUAACAUUCGAGUAUGACGAAAGUUCGAAAGGAAAGAAAACUGAUAAUGUUACAAUUAUUAACCCUGUUUUAUUGGCUGCUCUACAAAUCACAGAUGGUAUAGAAAGAUUGGCGUUCGCUGGAUGUUUAAAGCAACUGUUUCAGCCAGAUCUGACAGAUAAUAUAUUUAUUACAGCUUCCGUGGAUAACAUUCUGUUCGAAGGACUUAAUUUUGCUUUUGCCAAAGACUCCAAACUAGGAGUGGCUUGCACCAUCGUAAGAACUAAAGUAUUGGCCAUAGCCGAAAAUUUAAGAAACAUUGAGCACGUGGAUAAUAGCGAUGGGAAUGAUUACUUAAUGUUUUCCAUUUUUAACUAUAAAAGAAGUGGUUACAAAAAGGAAAUACCCGAUGGUAUCUACACAAUUAACCGAGGAAGAUCGAACAUAGAGGAAUUAGGAAACAUUAUAAGAUGGAACUCCAAACCCAAAAUAGAUAAAUGGGGUACAAGAUACUCCAUCAACAACGACUCCUGCAAUCGCGUUAAUGGAAGCGAUUCUACAAUAUACAGACCAUUUCUACAUAAUUACGAAGACUUAUAUAUUUACAGCACGGAUAUUUGUAGAUCAGUAAAAUUAGAAUACAAGAAUUCUGAUGCGAGAUAUAACGGGAUUCAAGCAUUUAGAUAUGAGGCGCCUUCGACAUUAUUCAGAAGUUCUACGCCAAAUCCCGAAAAUGAUUGUUUCUGUACGAAAUCGACAAAAGAUGCCCAAGGCAAUGAAAAUUGCUAUUUGGAUGGAGUUUUUGAUUUUAAACACUGCAUAGGAUCUCCGAUAGUAGCUUCAAUGCCCCAUUAUUUAAAUGCAGAUCAAAAAUAUUUAGAUAAUUUUGAGGACUUGAAACCAAAUGAAACCUUACAUGGAAUAUAUUUGCUUCUAGAACCGAAUACCGGGACGCCUUUACAAGCUCGAAAAAGGAUUCAGCUUAAUUCCAUAUUACACAAGGUACCUCUGUUAACGUCAAUAACUCCAGAUAAUAUGGUCGAAACGGUAUUUCCAUUUUUAUGGCUAGAAGAAAGUGUAGAUCUACCAGAGGAAUACGUAGACUUGUUAAAUAAUCAGCUAUUUAAGAAGGUCACACUGGCAAACGGAAUUGCCGAUGGAUUAGUUGCCGUAGCGUCGGUUUUAUUUGUCAUAAUUUUGUUCUUUUUAAUAAGAAAAUUGUUAUUGAGAAACAGAACUCAGUAGUGAUUAAACUUAUGCGGAUUUAGGAAACGUCAAAUAAAAUUGCUAGUACGUCAUAAAAUCGUUGAAAUAUUAUUUUAGGAAAUAUUAAUUUAGGGACACACUGUAUAUAGAGGUCGGUUAUGACGUGAAAGCAACUUUUUGCAACAAUGCAACAAUUUUAAAGACUGCGUCUGGCAUCCAGAAAUAUAUUAUUUAUUAUAGAUCAAUUAUUUAUUUAUUUUGUACAUUCUAAUUCAUAAAAUCUUACUAAAUAAAGCGAUUUUUUACAAAUA